AAGAAAAUGAGAGGAAAAGAGGGAAGACUAGAAAGGAGAAAUCUGUUCCAUUCUCCUUACUGUCGACCCAAGUUGUAUUAACAUUCUAUUAAGGCUGAAAUGACUACAAUACCCUUAGGAAAAAUACAGCAGAUAUAAGAGAGAAAGAGUAACAUGAAAAAGUCAAUACUGCCCUUGUUAACUACUAACAAUUCUGACAAAUCCAAGCAAUUGGGUCACCUCUAGAGAACACUGGAAAGAGUAACUUGAUGUUCUUGUCGAUGCUCAAACUCCCUCGUUGUUUGCUUCCUUGGCUGCCCCCUUCUUGAUCGCCGCCUUUGUGUUUUUCUAGCAUAUCCUAUUUGAGACGGCACAGUAUGACUGUCAUGGUUUCUUUUAUUUCUCUCACAUCGUCGGAGACUUGGUGGAGCUCAACCUCUACCUGAUCAACUCUUGCCUCCAUGAAUGUAGCACAGGUAUUUGGCAUCCAAGCUCUAAUACCAGACUGUUAGGAAUAUGCCUAACUCAGGGUUCUUUCGAGGGAAUCGGCCCCCAGAUUGAGAGAUGUGAAUGAAUUCCUUCCUGUUUGAGCCUCUUCUUUCCUCUUAAAAUGAGUGCAAUGCCACAUAUACCCUACCCUUGAUAGGUUGGCUGCUACUAACAAAUUUAAGCAAAACUAUUUAAACAACUUUUAACUAAAGGACUGUGUUUUGAACAUACUAACAGAAAAUAAAUAAACUAAACAAACAAAUAACAAUAGAAUUCUCAACAAUAUAUACAGUGUAUAAUAUAAGGUAUUAACACACAUGUUAAUAAGAUGUAGAAAUAUAGAUGAUAUUAUAAUAAGGCACCCGCCUUGUCAUUUUUGUCGCCUAGGCAGGUGCCUAGUCGCUUAGACAGGCACCCAGUUGCUAUAAAGCAAGGCAUUUGGGUUAGGUGCCCAGCCAAGGGCACCUAGUCACCUAGGUCACGCCUUGACAACUAAUGUGCCAUAUUGCCUCAGAUUUCUAUAAAUGUCAUGAAGGUAACACAUGCGUUGGAGUAUUUCCAUCACAGAUGAAGGUAUCUAUGCUUGAUAUUCAUAGUGAGUAUGGAGAAAGCAAAUGUUGUGACUGGAGUCCUCUAUAUGGUAGGAUCCCUGAAGGAGUGGAGGCCACAUAUUUGGACGCUUUAGGAGCAACCCAAGGAGGGAAUAGAAUAUUCGACAAGAAAUAGAGGCUUUCAUUAUGGAGCAUCAAGGUUUGAGUUCCCUAAGGAGUAAGGUUUUGAACUAAAAUCUAAACUGAGGAGAGAAAUGAUUAUUUUGUUGAGCUUGUGCCAGGAGCUAAUCCUCUAGCUGGUAACAAGGUAUUCAACAAGUCAUUGACUUGGCUGUCUGACCAUUCAACCCAUCAUCUGGAGUCUGAGGCAGUUCAGUCCGUCAUUAGAUCCAUUGUAUAGAAAAAAAAUGUUUACUUAGUCAAAGAGCUGUGACCCAGCUGGUUGAAACGGUUGAACUGUUCAGUUCAACCAUUCAAAGGGUCAGGUCUGACCAAAUCCAUAUAAUUAGUAAUUAAAUAUCAGAUGAAAAGAAAUAAAAAAUUGAAACAGGAAAAAGAAUUGUGAAGGGGGGAUUUGACAAACAAAGAAACAAGAUAGGGGAUGUUGUUUCUGCUGGCAGCAGGGGAAGAGAAGAAGAAAAGAAAGCAUGCUUGUGUUUGUCGUCCACACCACCACCAGAAGCAAUUAAAUCACAGGCAACUGCUAGUGAAGCAAGCAAUUUUACCUCGUGUUCAUGGCUUGGCACUUAAAACGACAGUGGCUGCGGUGAGAGUGAAUGCUUUGCUAUGCCUUGGUGAUAUGAUCCAAAUUCUUGAUAAACAUGCUAUUUUAGAUAUCUUACAAACGAUUCAACGUUGUACGGCUGUUGAUCAUUCAGCCCCAACACUCAUGUGUACCUUGGGGGUUUCAAAUUCAAUUCUCAAGCAGGUAUUGUUUUCUUAUUUGCUAAAUCUAUUUGUGAAGCAUAAAAUUGUUCUUGGUAUUUUAAAUACUUGUUUGACAUAG